GGUCUAUCUCCUCUCCCAUUCCUCGCCGGCUCGUCCCUUCUCUAGUCUCGGAUUCCUCGCCGGGUCGUCCCUUCUCUAGUCUCGGAUUCCUCGUCGGCUCGUCCCUUCUCUAGUCUCGGAUUCCUCGUCGGCUCGUCCCCUCUCUCUAUCGAUUGCAGGAGUUCCGGCAAACAGGAGCCACCGCUGCAAUUCCCGAAUUCUAGACGGCAGUGCCUCUACGCCACACUGCCACAGUAGCGAUUCCCGACGGCGGUCCCUCUGCCGUAGCCUGUAGAGAGGCCGACUGAAUAAAAUCACCAAAUCAAAAAACUGCCGGUAGAGAGACGCCGCCGCCGCCAGAGUCCACACGCCGCCGGGAGCCGACCCUUCAGCUCCAGGAAUGACUGUGGAAGAUGAUGUGGUGGGUACUCUUGCAAAAUCAGAACUGCCUACGAAAUCUAUGAAAUCAAAGAAGAAGAUCAAUGAGAAGGUAGCUGCCAAUCCUCUUCAUGUGUUGAAGGAUGUGAGAGUUGAGGGAGGAAAAAGCUCUGAGAAAGGAAAUUUGGGCGGCGUUGAAAGGAGGAUGAGAACUACUCGAGAUGACACAUGGAAUUCCAGUGAUACUAAUGGGGUAUCUUGUAAGAAAACAGAAAAGAAGAAAAGGAAGAGAGAAGUAGAAACUAAUGUAUCUACGAUGCAUGAAAACAACAGGAAAGAUGAACAGAAUGAAGGAACAAGGACUGAUGACUGCACAGAGGGUAAAUCGGAAAAGGUCAAAAAGAAAAGGAGAAAGAAGGAAAAGAGGGUGGAUAACAUGGGAUUGGAAGAAAAGAGAGGAGUUGGAAAUGAUGACUCACAUGCUGUGUCCCAAGAUACUAAUGCUGCAAAGGAUGAUCUUUCUGUUGUUGACAAGGAAGGUAGAUCGGGAAAGUUCCAAAAGAAAAAGAGAAAGAAAGAAAAGAUGGGGGAUGGCCUGGGUUCAGAAGAAAAUAGUGGAGUUGAAAAUAAUGAGUAUGGAUUGCAGGCUGUGUCUCAAGAUAAAGAUACUGCAAAGGAUGAUCUUUCUGUUAUUGACAAGGGAGGUAGACCGGGAAAGUUCCAAAAGAAAAAGAGAAAGAAAGAAAAGAUGGGAGAUGGCCUGGGUUCAGAAGAAAAUAAUGAGUAUGGAUCGCAGGCUGUGUCCCAAGAUAAAGAUACUGCAAAGGAUGAUCUUUCUACAGAGAAGGGAGGCCACAUUCCCUCAAUUGCAACUGAGAUAGCUGAAAAUAAAAGAAAAUGUGACCGGAAACAAGGAACAAUAACUGGUGGCAAUGCGGAGAAGGUCAAGAGGAAGAAGAAAAGGAACAAGAAAGAGAUGAGGGAAGAUGACGUGGGAUCAGUAGGAGAUGGGGCUAUACCUUUUACAAGUGUAGAUGGAAAACCGGCUAGUGGGGUGCAAGAUGAUAGUAGUAAUGGCAAAAAGGCAAACAACAAUAGGUCCAAUGGCAAAACACCAAAAAGUAGCAAGAAGAAAGUGAGUUUCUCCAGCGAGGUGGAGGUUUUUCCUGUGUCGAAUGCUUCUGAGAGUGGGGAACAUCGAAGUGAAGAUGGUGUUGUUCGAGGUAAGAGGUUCUCGAAGGAUGAAGAUGCAAAAAUAAAAGAAGCUGUUUAUGACUACAUUGAAAUGCAUGAUUUGGGUGAGGAUGGUUUGGAUAUGGUGUUAAAUAGUAAAAAACAUCCUGAACUGAGACACUGUUGGAAGGAAAUAGGGGCUGCCAUACCUUACCGCCCUUACACUGCAAUCUAUUAUCGUGCUCAAACCCUGUUUCGAAGUGAUGAAAACCAUAAAUGGACCGAAGAGGAGAAGGAACUGAUACUGAAACACCAGAAAACACAUGGGAAUCAGUGGAAAGAGCUUGCUGAAGAACUUGGCAGACACAGGUUUCACGUGAAGGACACAUGGCGCAGGAUCCAUUUGCCUAACUUGAAGAAAGGACACUGGUCCCAGGAUGAGUACCAGAAACUAUUUGAUUUAGUAAACACUGAUAUGCAGUUGAGGAUCUCGGAAGAGAAGAAAUCUAAGCAUGGUAUGCUGCGGGACAAUGUGAGUUGGACGGCAAUUAGUGAUAAAUUAUCCACGCGCAGCGAUUCAACUUGUUGUGCAAAGUGGUACACCCAGUUAUCAUCGCCUAUGGUGGCUGAAGGUUUAUGGUCAGACACUGAUGAUUACCGCCUGAUUGACGCACUUUAUAAACUGGAUGCAACCUGCACAGAAAAUGUGGAUUGGGAUAAUCUUCUCGACCAUCGGUCCGGAGACAUAUGUUUGAAGCGCUGGAAGCAAAUGGUUCUUCACAUAGGGAACCAUGCAAUCAAAUCCUUUUCGGAACAAGUUGAAGUCCUUGCUAAAAGGUACUGUCCCUCCUUAAUCGAAGUAAGAGAGGUUUGGGAUAGCAAGCCUCUUGUACCUUGAUUCUGGCAACACAGUUAUUUACCUCGAAAAGUUCUGCCAAAAACGGAAUUGAGAAGUUUUGCUUAAAACUCUUUCAUUUUAGAGGCACCUUAGAUGAAAUGAAAGGUUCAUAGCUGGUUCCCCCUUCCCUUCCCUCCCCUCCAUUCAUAACAACAUACCCAUAGUUUGUUGGUUUUUCUCGAGUGUGGCCUUUGCCGAUGGUUUUACUAAGUCGACUGUUUCUAUUCCAAUUUUAAAAACACAGUUUUCCUGCUUUGAGCUUGUGUUGAUACUUGAUAGUAGAUCAGUAGCUGGCUACACAUAUGCAGAGUGUCUUGAUUAUGUUGGCAAAUGAAUUGAAUAAUUUUGG